AUGAAUGAUCUUGGCAAGAACAUAACAUUUAAUAUCAAACCUCCUGACCAUUUUUAUCUUUCAUUCUACAGGAAGAAUUUGACCCAAUUAUCGCACGACGUGAUAAGGUCACCACCCCAUUUCCAGAUAGACGAUAUCAAGUGUUUUACCACAAUUGAUGGCGGAUUUGGCGUGGCCUACUCGGUUAGUUUAGAUGCCCAGUCUGUUGCAACCAACACAUCCUUUCCGACCCCCAUCACAGCUCAAGUUUUUAUGACGUCGAUGCGUCUUGGUGAACGAAACUUUUCCACAUCUGCUAUAAUCUACGAAACCACCUACCCGCGAGCCAAGAUUUCCAUCCGUUCCUGUCAACAGAAUCAUGUGAACCAACCGGGUUAUGCGUGCUUCAUUCGCGUUAGGGCUGCGGCGAAUGCAACUGCUCGUACAUCGUCACUGGACUUUUGGCAAAUGAUUUCAUUCUAUUCUACCGGAACACUUAUCUCUACCCUAGGUUUGGCCAGUAAUUUAGUCAAUGUUACGUCCGGUGUCAUAUUGAUAAGAUAUACCAGUGCCACUUCCCUAUAUUACGGUGGAUUCUUGAUGACUGGAACAAACCAAGUUGGAUACUUGCAAGGUUCAGUUUACGAUAAGGACGGAAGUUUUGUACAAGAUUGGGGCAUAGAUUCGUUAAAUGGGACAAGGUUUGACAUCAUGGAUAAUAAUACAAUAUGGGCAGCUGUGCCUUCUCAGAAUAACCUGGGUGGUUCUUGGGAAUUGUAUUUUAGCGACAUACCUCCUCUGGUUGACAAUGUUUUGCCGUGCACCUUUAAUCAACAAGGGCAAACAUAUCUUGUGAUAGUUGACGGAAACUUCGUGAAGUUGGAUGAAUUCGAUGAACCUUUGCUCGGCGUAAAGAAUGGAACUUGGAUAUUUAAAACGGAGUCCGGAAAUGAUAACCCUUUCACAGACGACAUAGAUGUUAUUAUCCGCCUGUCCGCCGACACUUCGGCAUUUUUCGUUGCCCAAAAUGUUGACGACGAACGCAAAUUUUUAAAUGAAAUGUUGACUUCGUUUUCGGAAGCGAUUCCUGUGAACGCAUCGAGAUUAUCUAUAUCAAACCGUUUUCAAUUUGACGGAGAUAGCCAGAGUUCACAAAUUCUAUUGAAGAUGACGAUCAAAUCUACUCAAGAUCCGUCACAAGUGAACAGUAUGCAGAUAUAUCAGGACAUGAGUGUGUUGGUAACUAACAAGAGCAUAACUAGUUUAAUGUUUUAUAAUAGUACUGCAUCUUUGGAUUCGGAUUAUGGCGUCGUGAUUUUACGUGGGUUUCGGAUGUGUACCAUGCAUGUUUUCGAUUUUCAGGCAAAUCUAUGGCAAGAAUAUAGAUAUCAGUUCGCAGGCGUAAUUUGCGCUUUUUUUGUGUGUCUCGUGAUCGCAUUCCUGGCGCACAAUAGAUACCCGCAGGGGAAAAGCAUGUCAUUAUUUAAAUUCAUUCUGGUUAUGACCGAUUUUGCCUUGGACAUCGUCUUCCUUUUCGGUCGCGUUCAAGAUGUCCCAAGCUUGUAUACUCCAUAUUCCAAAGCAGCGAGAUUUAAAAUAUUCCGAGCACCAUUUACUCCCACCGCCGAAAGGUGGAUAUAUUUGGGAAGUCUUGUGAGUUUAAUGUUAGAAGAUAUUCCACAGUUGGUGGUAUUGUCUAUAUAUUUACACGAAGUCUUGGUAUACAGGUUCAGCCCUUUAUUGACAAUACUCACAUGCUCCCUCAUAAUACUCGCAAACCUAAUUGGUCGAACGUACGAUUGCUUAAUCUGCAUGCAACUCCGACAGGAUGCCGUGGAAGAAACCUCAAUCCAGGAGGAAGGUGAUAAUGGCUCCUCGAGUGAUAGUGGCAGAAGGAAAAGGAGGCACCCUCAUUUCCUUAGCGGGUUUGUACCCGUCCUACCUCGAUCAAAAGCCAUGGAAAGACGAAGCAGCAGUGGUGUUAUUCAAGGCCAAACGCUUUUAUCACCUCUGUCAAGUGAUUCCGGAGUUGGAAGCGCGAGGAUCUCUUAA